AUGGCGGCCACUACUGACACUGCUCAGGCUCCACACACUGAUGGUAGCCCUGACGAGAUCAUGGACGAGCCGCCUUCUGGCUCUAUCUCGCCCGUCGACCGGCCAACAUCUGAUGACUUUCCGAUGGACAAACCGUUUCCCGCCUCUGAACCCGGCUCUUCGCCUUCGAGCGCUGAUCCACGUCCUACGAUGGCUGACGUGCUUGGUCAGCAGGAACACUUUCGCCGCGACCACGCCGAGGCUGACGCUGCGCGUCGUCGGGUUGAGAAUCCCAAGCCUCUCGCAAGUGACAUCGAGUGGAUCGAGCGCCAGUACGCCGCUGGUGGCGAUUGGACGUUCAUCGCGUCACGGAUGGAUCAAGCUCGACCGUAUGUUCUUCCUCGCGCCAAGUACGACAUGGUGAUCGCUACUGGUCGGAUGUUCGCGAAGACUCCUCUCCAGAAGAUCAUGGUGUCCCUCUCUGGUACACACCACGGGAAUGCCUCUCUUGAGGACCUCUACCGCAGUCAUGAGAUUGGCCAAAUCUCCAAGCUGCCUGAAGGUGAUCUCCGCAUCAAGGUGAAGUCGAAAGAAGCCUGUCUCCGCUUUGAUCGCACGAAGGUGAACAUUCUGGUUGGUGUCUACACGUUCAAGGAGUUUGAUGUUCUUGGUGGCAAGUACUUCAUCGACAUCUCCAGCAUGGACUCGGACACCGACACCCGAUUGAUUCUUCAGCGCCUUUUUCUCCUUGGCUACAAGCCUGUAUACGACACCUUUCGUGAGCUAAACCUCGCGACUGGCAUUACGUCUGCCACUUGGCGCGUGUACUUCUUGACAGCUUCAUGUCCCAGCGCUCUGAUCGUGAAUGGCAGCUCGGAGCGUUUGCCAUUUGGGUAUCACUCUCACCACGGACUUGACCUGGGUACGACAACUAGCAACUCUCGAGGUACGGUGCCGGGGUCUGCCACGCAUCAGCGCCAGAAUCUGACGACACCUGCGCAGUCGUAUGAGCACGCUGUAAAAGUGCCUGAAGAUGCAGUGACUAUGAAAUUUCCCAAGAAGACCUCACGCCAAAAGUCAGUUAAGGAUGCGAAAAAACGGGAAGUUCAUCUCCGCCACGGAGCUCAGCAUGCCAAGACAUCUGCGGACACUCGGCUCGUCACGACUUCGUCCAGCAUCUCGGAAGCUUUAUCGAUCUCGACAUUGUGUGGGUCCCACGGCAAGAUCACUCCUCCUGGGAGCGAAAUGCUCAGACGACACCCCCUCUUUUGCUGA